AUGGGUUAUAUCAACAAUCUCCCAACAGAUAUCAUACUAGACAUACUGACUAGGUUACUGAUUGAAUCAAUUUUAGAGUACAAAUUAGUUUGCAGGGCAUGGAGAAAUCUAGUUUCUGGUCAUCCAUCAUUCUCACAAUUACAUUUAUCUCAUCUUAAUCACUCUGCUGCUGACUCUGGUAAGCUCGGUUUUCUUGUAUUAGAUGACUAUCAAGAUUUUCACUAUUUUGAAUAUAAUGAGAACAAUGAUGAUGAGACACCUUUUCAUAGUAUCACAAGGAUCAACAUUAACCCUCCAUUCAGAUUUUCUUAUCGCGUAGUUGGUUCGUUAAAUGGGUUAAUCUGUCUAUAUGAGUACAAAUAUGAUAUUGCUUGUAUUUGCAAUCCCCUGACCAAAGAAUAUGUUCUUCUUCCAAAAGUUGAUUAUGAUCAUGAGUUUAGUCAUUGGUCAAUUGGAUUUGGUUACAAUGCUUCAACUAAUGAGUACAAAGUUGUUGAAUUGUAUAAGCUAAGGGGAGAAAUUGGUUUUAUGGAGGUUGCAGUGUAUACUCUUGGCAAUGGCAAAGGGUGGAGAUAUGUUGGGAGAUUGGAUACUAAAUUUUUCAAUAUUUGUUACGGGGAUGGUGUCUUCGCGUAUGGAGCUCUUCAUUGGAUGGAUAAAAAAGGAGAAAGGGUGUUCGUCUUCAAUUUGACAAAGGAGAAGUUCGGUGAAAAGCUUUCGCCACCUCAUUUUCCACCAGCCAGUAGUUGGCUUCAUUUGCCACCAGCCAGAAGACGGCCGGUUUACACGAUGGGGGAUUUUGGUGAGGAUUUAUGUUGCACUAUCAGAUAUUACAGUCACAUGCGCACAUGCUUAGACAUAUGGUUAUUGAGAAAGAGGAACGAUAAUCCUGACAUGAAAGAGCAGGUGGAACAUGCGCCGUUGUUUUGGAGUAAAGAGUGUAGUCAUUCUGAAAUGGAACCAUUAGCCUUUACCAACAGUGGGGGUGUUUUAUGUUUCCAUCAUCGCUCUUGUUAA